GGCGGGUCCGCCCGCCAGGCGGUAACUGGGUAACGAGGUCACAAGCCAGUGGCCUGGCCAGGUGUGUCCUGAAUGCCAGUGGCCGCCCAGCGUCCUGGUGGCCGGGGCGAUGAGCGCUCCGGCCCGAGCCUUCUCACACUCUCCUGCUUACAAAGCAGUCCGCGGGUUACCUCUCAAACACUGAAGACAGAGCUCUCAUCCCCAGAUCAGGGCAGCCUAUGCCAGAGGCACAGCCUGUUGCUGGUGAAGCUCAGAAAUUGACGAAGACCAGAGUGUCUAAGAAAAAGGUGCAGAUGCUUAAAAGAGGGUAAGAAAACAAUGCCUCUUAACGUUUUUGAUGAACUGAUAUAUAUCUGAAAUGUCAUUAAAUGAGGAGAAGGAUAAAGGGUGCCCGAAACAACUUGCGAUACCCCCCAAAAUUCAAGAUGAGAUAGUUCAAGUAAUCCAGACAUCUUUAAGUAAUAUAGCCAUACAAAUAAAUAAUCUAGAUAAAUAUGCUGAAGACCUGCUUAGAGGAAUAUCCAAAGAGGUUGACUGGUUCUUUUACAGAAUUCAGGUUUUACAAGAGCGUAUAAUCUACUUAACUGAUGGUAUUACUUACAAGAAUCAAAAUCCACGAUUGUUCUUGCCAGCUAGGAAAUCAAAAAAGACUUCUCAAAGUACAGCUAUUCAAAAACAGCAGGUACAUUCCUCCGAGCCAUUACUUGUUAAAAUGUAUGAAACGCAUGAUGCUUGCGUACAGACAUUACCUCUCCACAUUCCUACUGCUUAUUGCCAAGAUGAUACAGAAGGUUUACAGAUUUCUCCUGGGACUUCCUGUUUCUUUCAACUUUGUAAGGAAAAGAAUAUAUGUAAAAGUAGAGAACUAAAGGGGAGAAAGCUCGAGCAAACUGCUAAGCACCUGGAUCAUUUCAAUGAACCAAAAAGUGUGCUUCAAAGUCAAAGGAUGCAACAUAAUGCUUCAGUAGAACAUACCCAAGCUAUUUGUGGAGCGAUCACUAAUUCAUAUGCCAAUCAACCCGUUCAACGUUCCUCAUUGUCCAAUUACCAAGUUAAUGAAAUCAGUAAGCUUCUAACAAGAACUGUAGGGAAGAUGUUAUCCAAGCCUUUGCAGAAAACAAUGGAUGGAUCUAAGGACCUGAAACAAUCAUGUGCCAAUUAUGGAACUGAGAUGGGAGAAGAGUUGCAACCUCAACCUCGAAUUCAACUUAAAACAGAUGUGUUUGUGAGCCCCAUGGCACCAACUUCUCCACCUCCAUUACCACCAGAUUGGUUAGCUGUUUUAAGAGCUUCAAAGAUGGCAAGUCCUCAUCCAAUCAUACAUUACCCAACUCAGCUUCCAUCACCGAUUUUGAAAACCCCACCAACAACAGCACAUCCUGAUUGUCUACAGACUACUUCUGAGGCACCUCUUCCAAUUACUCCACCUAAACUAGUUGUCUCUCCACCAGUAACUGAACUUUUUCAGCAUUACAAACUGAUUGCAAAUGAUCUACUCCCAAAAAGAGAAGAAAAGGUUAUGUCUCCACCUAUAUCUCCUUGUCCAGUAUUCUCACAUAGAAGUGAAACAAAGAACACAGUCACAGAUCAAGCUAGCCGUGCUUCUGUUGGACAGCCACCAGCUUCGUCGGUUUGUCCAUCUGUAAGGUCUGCAUCUACAAAAUCACCAAGACCUUUAGUUGCAGAAUCAGCAAGAUCUACACUUACACCACCAUCAAGAUAUCUGAUUUCAGCAACGAGAUCUUCAAUUACACCAUUAUCAAGACUUUCAACUCCACAAAAAUCAAAAAUUUCAGUUCCACUGUCAUUUUCCCGUCCACAACCAUCAAGAUCUUCAGUUCCAGUACCAAGACGUUCACUUUCCCAGCCACCAAGAAGUUCAGCUCCUCUGCUGUCAAGAUGUGCAGAUGCACAAUCAAGAAAAUCUCCAGUUGCUCAAUCAGGAAGGCCUUCAGCUGCACAACCAGCAAUGCAUUUGAUUUCACCACAAUCAACAUCUUCAAAUUUGACGUCUCCAACCCUACAGCCAUUAUUUUCUUUUGUACAGUCACCAUCAACUUGCGUUCCAUGCUCCCAGGCUUCAAACCCCCAGGCACUAUCAGUGUCCCAAUCUUACAAUGCACCACUUAGUCCUGAUUUUAAAUUAUCUCCAUCAACUCCACCCAUAUACAACAAAGCAAGGAGUGUCCUAAUGGAAGCAAUAAGAAAAGGUGUCCUGCUACGUGAAAUUGAAGAUCCAUGUGUACUGAAAGCCAAAAUAGAAAUUGCUAAAAAUGAACCACCUUCUAUCCAGAUACAACGUAAACCUGCGGGAUGCACUUCAGCUAAAUUGGGGGAAUAAGGCUGAUUAGAUGGAGAGAA